AUGUUGGAGAAGGCGUGGGUUCAUCUGUCAAGAGUUGAUCCUGCUUAUGAGAAGGGUGCAUGGGACUUUGUCCAAGCUGUGUCUGCGGGUGAUGGAGCUGAUAAGUUCAUUAUCUGCCCUUGCACAGACUGUCGGAAUGUAGAUCGGCAUUCAGCUGCAGAUAUAGUCGAUCAUCUGGUUAGAAGGGGAAUGGAUGAGGUGUACAAGCAGCGUAAGGACUGGUAUCAUCAUGGAGAAGUAUACUAUGUGGCUGAAGGCGAGAUGAAAGAGAAGCAGUGGAAUGAAGAGAUUAUUGGGUUGUACAGAGCUGUUGAAAAUUUAGAUGAAGAGUUAGCUACUGAACGUGACUUCUGUGAGAUGGCAGAGGGAGAAGACAUGAAAGAAGAUGAGUUCUUGGCAAAGAUUGCAGAUGCUGAAACCCCAUUAUAUCCAAGCUGCGCAAACCAUAGCAAGUUAUCAGCCAUCGUGUCAUUGUUUAGGCUGAAGACUAAGAAUGGCUGGUCUGACAAGAGCUUCGAUGAUCUACUUGAGACGUUGCCGGAGAUGUUACCAGAGGAUAACGUGUUGCAUACAUCACUGUACGAAGUUAAGAAGUUCUUGAAGUCUUUUGAUAUGGGUUAUGAGAAGAUUCAUGCGUGUGUUAAUGAUUGCUGCCUGUUCAGAAAGAAGUUGAAGAAGCUCGACAGUUGUCCUAAAUGUAAGGCCUCAAGAUGGAAGAUUAACCAGCACACUGGUGAGAUCAAGAAAGGUGUCCCACAGAAAGUAUUAAGAUACUUUCCAAUAAUCCCACGGCUAAAGAGGAUGUUUAGGUCUGAAGAAAUGGCCAGAAACCUAAGGUGGCAUUCUACUAACCAGAGCAGCGAUGGGAAACUAAGGCAUCCCGUAGAUUCUGUGACAUGGAAACAGAUGAAUGACAAGUAUCCCACAUUUGCCGCUGAGGAAAGGAAUAUACGGCUGGGACUCUCUACGGAUGGAUUUAAUCCUUUCAACAUGCAGAGCAGUAAGUACAGUUGUUGGCCUGUGCUGUUAGUUAACUACAAUUUGCCUCCUAACCUAUGUAUGAAGAAGGAGAAUAUCAUGCUAACACUGCUCAUUCCUGGUCCACAACAGCCUGGUAAUAGUAUUGAUGUCUACUUAGAGCCAUUAAUAGAGGAUUUAAAUCAGUUGUGGAGCAAAGGAGAGUCAACAUAUGAUGUUGUGAGUAACACUGCAUUUACAAUGAAGGCAAUGCUGCUCUGGACUAUUAGUGAUUUCCCAGCCUAUGGAAAUCUAGCUGGAUGCAAAGUGAAAGGAAAAAUGGGUUGUCCUGUGUGCGGGAAAACACUGAUAGUAUGUGGCUGA